GCCCUUUGGUGGCCCAUCCGGCUGUUUUCACGGGGAGUGGGACGCACGAAGCCCCCUGCCUCCUACCUACACUGAGGAUGCUUGUAGGAUGCGACAUCCUCAUCGUUUACAGCUCGGAUGCUGAGGAAUGGUGCCAGUACCUCCAGGACCUUUUCCUGUCCAGUCGGCAGGUCCAUAACCAGAAGAUGCUGACUUAUAGGCUGGGCCCCAAGACCUCCUUCUCAGCCGAGGACCUGAGCUUCUUUCUCCGCACACGCUGCAUCGUGGUGCUGCUGUCUGCGGAGCUGGUGCAGUGCUUCUGCCAGCCGGCCCUGCUGCCCCUGCUGCAGAGAGCCUUCCAUCCUCCACACCGCGUGGUGCGCCUGCUCUGCGGGGUGCCCGACAGCGAGGAGUUUCUGGACUUCUUUCCAGACUGGGCACACUGGCAGGAGCUCACCUGUGACGAUGAACCUGAGACUUACGUGGCAGCUGUGAGGAAGGCCAUUUCUGAAGAGGGAGAACGUUAGCUAGCCAUGACCCUGAGGAAUAAUCGCUUCCUGGAAAGCGCAGGU